UAGCGCUUCUCCUGGGGCCGCCUGCGGGCCAUUUGACGCCAUGCCGGUCUCCGGCACGGAGUCUGGCUCAGGGACCGGCACAGCCGAUACCGAGGACAGCGAUGACAUGGAGGAGAUGGACCAUACUCUGGUGAACCUCAAGCAACGGCGAGGGUGCUGCAGGCCACUGUGUACAGCCAGCUGCUUCUGCCAUAGCUGCUAUAUCUGCCAAUUUUUCAUUUGGCUCCUGGUCUUUCCCUUGUGGGCCAAAUGGCUGGUGACCAGCCCUAUGCCAACAAGGUAUUGGAACCAGGACUACCCCAGCUGGCCGGUGCUGCCUACCGCGGCGGGGCGCGCCGUCGCCCUCUCGGGCGGUAAGAGGCCCAUCGAGAUCACGCCCAUCCCCAGCAGCGGGGAGAGUUGCAACUACAGCUGCGUGGCCUCGGGCGAGCACACCUUGACCCAGGUGGCCUUUGAGGUCGGGCUGACUCUGAACGACCCGGAGCUCCUGGAGAAGGGUCUCCAUGUGGUGUACCCAGUGCUCCUGGCCUCGGAGGACUUUCAGGACUGGUACGUGGUGGGUGACCGGCGCCACGCCUCCCCCAUGCCCUUCUGGGCCGCACAGCAGAAGGCGGCCGCAGGGAACUACCUCUACGUCACCGAGGCCUGUACGAAGCCGCCGGAAAAGGCGAUGGACCUGGAUGAGGUGCUAGGGGGCAUAUACGUACUGGCGUGCGUAACCUGGCGCAUGGACCACUUUGAGCAGCUCUCGAAAGCGGACACCCUGACCAUGGACAAGGUGGGCUCUUUGUGCAGCUCCGCGGGGGGCGUUUGCGGCUGGUCCUGUGGCGCGGCCAUCCCCCCCAAUCGCCUGCCUGGGUGCUCCCAGGGACGCAUCGAGGUGACCGAGAACAGCGUGGCGGGGCUCCAUACCAAGGCCAACUUCCAGGGGACCGUCGAGCUGCAGGAGUGCCUGGAAGGGGACACCACCAGCUGUAUGACGAGCCCCAACAAUUUCCAGCAUUGGAACUGCCCCCAGUGCAAAUGGGACCCCAACCCCGUCGGCAGCGAUAUGGACCUUAGCCUGGACGAAUCUGCCUCGCCGACGCGCAUCUACCAGUCCCUGCCGCGGAUGAAGGUGACCUUGGAGGGGGGUGCCAUGCCGGAGGGCGAAGGCGUGCUGAAUCAGCCCCGGGUGGUCAUGCUCAGCUCCACCGUGAAGCAGACAGGGGUGUGGAAGAAGCUGUACAUGCAGGACACGGGAAAGUUCGAGCUCCCGAUUCUGGCGAAUACACCCACCAAGUCCCCCAACGAGCUUGAGGAUGAGGACGGCUCCACGGUGCUGAACGCCUUCACCAAGCAGGCCAUGGUGUUGCGUCAGCCCAGCCGCGUGGACAUCAUGCCGGACUGGUGCUAUGGACCUCAGGGCCCCUUGUACUUGGUGGCCUGUGCGGUGAACAGCACCCUUUACGACAAGGGCAACGACUUCGUGAACUUCUCAGCAGGUCAGAAGGUGGCGCCGCCGCCCUUCAACGACCGCUGCGUGGCGGUGAGCGGGCGCUGCGGCAGCGCCUGCCAGGGGGACUAUGGAGACACCAUGGCCAGGUGUUCUGCUGAUGGCUACAUUGAGCAAUCAGCCCUGGUGGGGCAAAUAGUCCAGCAGAAGAACGAAUCAGUGGCAUGUUGGCUAUUCGUGUGCAUGCUGCUGCUUGGCUUCGCUGUGAAGGCGGCAGUGCUUUGCCCGGGUAUUUUCCGGUCCUACCCGCACUUCCGGAGGUAUGACCCAUCCCUCACGGAGGAGCUGCGCUUCGUUCUGGUAUGCGUGACCAGCAGCGACGAGAGCCGACCACUGGCUCUUCGCAGCUUGAUAGGCGCCGUGGGCGCGCUCCCGGCUGGCUGCAGCUGCCGGUACCACGUGGCCUACCUGGACGAAGGACAUCGGCCGCAGCACAAGGCGGUGUGGACAAAGCUCUGCCACAUCCUCGCGGCGAUCCCUUCAGGCUCCAACUUCCAGGCCUACGAGGAAAACGUGCGGCAAUUCUUCCACGUCUGGGUGGAAGAGACCAACAAGAUGACCUCGGAGCAGCUUAAGGACAACCUCUACGGAGACAAUAGCCAAAGCACCGUGGACAGCCUCAGCGGCCAGACCACGCUGAAGAAGCUGAAGAAGGCGUACGGAUGGCAGGUGCUGACGCUGACGAGCCUCGAAGGGGCCAUCGAAGAUCUGCACGCAGAGCUGCGAGCGCCAGGAGCCUACAAGCACAAGUUCUUCAUGGACGAUUUGGUGGACUGGCUGCCAACGGACACCAAUAGUCUGGCUCUGCGCAUGCACUACCUGGCCCGGGCCGCGCCUCCGGAGGACGAGCGGACCUUGAAGACACAGCAUGUGGCCCCCGGCACCUGGUACUAUGAGGUGCCGCAGGGCAGCAGCAACGAGCACUGGCUCAACGCCAGGCAAAGAGCAGUGGAGAUGGUUCAUGGCAUUGAGGAGACAGACAUGACCAAAGUCCAGAUCCCGCUCCGCACCAGCCGCGGCAAAGCAGGCUGCCUCAACUUCGCGUCGAACUACUUCUUCGUGUACUCGGCCCGCGUGGAGAAUCUAUAUGGAGACUCCAGAGACACAGCGCCUGCUUUGCUGAGUCUUUGCGAUGCCCGCCACCAGUUUCAGACUGAUUUUUUCCACACCACGGUUCCAUACUUCUUCGACUACUAUGGAGACCUGAACCGGAAUGUGGGUUUUGCCCAGUGUCCGAAGUAUUUUCCACACGUGCAGGACCGGGCAGACUACUUGGACAACAACGACGCCCAGUUCUUCCGGCUGAACUGCAUGAUCCACAACUGCUGCGGCGGCGUGAGCGCUCACGGCACCAACAGCACCUGGAUGCUGCACCGCAGCCCUGACAGCUUGGUCUGGGAGCUGGCCAAGCAACGGGUCAGAGAUAGAACCACCCACCGGAAGCACAAGGAGUACAUAGAGGCCCGGACCUUCCCGGAGAAUUGCGGCGCAGAGGACACCGCGGGGAGCUUGAAGCUGAUGGUGAGAGGGAAGCGCUCGCAUUUCAUCAGCCGGCGGCUUUCGUACGGCAUUGCUAAGACGCCGACCGAGCACCUGAUCUCGGUGCAGCGUAGCAUCCAGGCGCAUUUCUUGCUCUCACUGCAGAGCUUCUGCCGCUGUUCUACAGGCUUUGGUCCCGAAGGCUUCACAUCGCUUUGGACGACCUUCUUGGCCUUCUGCUGUUUCAUCCUCUCCCUCUUCAUCCUUCUGACGAAGACGGAUCUGAAAUGGCAGGUGGUCGAGUGGGGUUGGGUGACGGAGGAUGCAUACGAUGCCGUCAUGCGGCCGGCAAGGAGAUGGAGCGAGAACGUGGCGCAGUGGGUCAACGUGUCCUUCUUGGAGUGCGACCAGGAGCUCUUGGAAGGUUUCAUCCUGAUCACUUUGCAGAUUGCGGUGUGGAUCGCCACCAUUGUCUUGGCCCUGUUCGUGAUCUCGCUGAUCACGGAGACCUGCAAGGUUGUGCAACGAAUAUGCCUUGGCUUCGGUUCCAUUUGGCCGGACGAGAUGCGGUGGUGGGGCCGGCUGCUGAUCAUCGUGUCCAACCUCACGCACUUCUUGUGGUCCUGGAUGCCGCUGCUUUGGAUCGGCUUCAACUUUUACAACGUUUUUGCCAGUCGAGAGUUUCACUACUCACCGCUGGGCAUGUUUGUAUUUACGCUCAUCCUUCAGUUUCUGAACUGGGGCAUGAUCGCCGCCUCCUGCAUGCGCCACUCCCUGGAAGCCUCGAUGGAGGCCAAUGAGGUGGUCAUGCUGACUAUCGACAACAUUUGGAGAUCAGUCCAGAGGUACUACAUCACAGCACCCCUGAUGAUCUACUCCAUGAUUGAAGGCACGCAGGACUACAUCCGCUUCCACUGCUACGGCCAAGACAUUACAUUCAACGAGCGAGAUACCGACGGAAAGAUCGCCAUCUACCUGGUGAAGUACUGGACUUUGCUCGUGGAGAUUGCGGCCAUCGUCGCGUGGGUGUACUAUGCUUAUGCUGAAGAAGUGGAUGAAGGCGGCCUAUCGUCGUUGAUCAUCGUCACGGUCAUUGCAUUGGAUGUACUCCACCCUUGCGCCUACCUGUGGGUGGGAGAAACAAAGAUGACUCGCGACCUGGCCAGCUCGCUGUCCUGGUACCAGGCCUUCACAUCUUCGGGGUGGUGGGAGUUGUUUCUGCACGACCUCAUCCUCAACGAAUGUGUGAGCGGCGUACUGAAGUGGCUGGGCCCCGCCUGGAUGAUCGCCAUGCCACUGCUGACGCUGCUGCUGCCGUACUUGGGAGUGAAUCAGGCUUUUAUGCUGGUGGCGACGGUGCACAACCGCUGAGCCGAAGGCCUUUGAGGGGAAGCUGGCUCCGUUGGUACAUGCCAGGUUCCCAAAGGCCCGUUUUGUUAGCAACCCCAUUUUAAGGCGGCCGCUUCUCGAAGAGCAUGUCCCUGGUGCAGGGCGGAGCGCCAACUGGCGCCGGGCGGAUUCCGGAGUGACUUAGGGGCCCGUCUUUCGCUCCUGCGAGGGGGCAGGUGCCUCGUUUCCGUGCGCGAAGACCGCACCAACUUAGGAGCAAUCCGAUCGAUUUGAGUGUAGGCCGCUUAGGGCCGACCAGGGGCAGGGUUGCGCAUUGGUGAGAUAUGCUUGAUCCUUAGGGCAUUCCUGGCCAACGCAAGAUGAUGUUUGGCAUUUCCAAGCCCAAGGGUGCCGGCUCCAGGGUUUUUCCCCAAUCCCGAGUCCCUGCCGAGGGUCCGUGGCCGGAGAGACUGAGGGACCCUGGU